AUGUUCAUGCACAAAUAUGGUCCCAUUGAGAGCGAAGAGAGCUCGAGAGACCAGGAGGUAUGCAAAGUCGACAAUGAAUGCAGUACUCACGAAACUUCGCCACAGAAAUUGUUCUACAAGCGUUGCACCUCAGUUCAGUAUAUCCUAAUCAUACUGCUCGUUCUCACCAACCUCGCAACAUUGGCAUUUUGGAGCAACGCCUCGACGACUCAGAAGUCCAAGACACCCGCUACGACACUCGAGCAGGACGUUGCUCGAAAUGACAUUCCAGUAAUUCAGACUCUGGGACCGGCCGACAUCCCCGUGGAAAUGGAGAUGCGCGAAUUUUCCACGGGUAUCACUGCGGACCGAGAGACCGAUUUUUUCGGAGAGCCGGACGAAAAGACCAAUGCUGCUUGGGACUCGCUCAUGGACGUGCGAUUGAUCCAUCUCAACGAGAGACAGGCACAAUACCUAGGCGCACCCACAGCCCGGCAAUACGACUCCGCUCCAGGGUCCUACGUCGGGGUUUUGGAGGUGUUUCAUCAAAUACAUUGUUUGAAUCGUAUUAGGCUCGCCUUCUAUACGGAUCUCAAGGGAGAGUAUGGCGAAGACGCCGAUAUCAUUAGACAACACACUUACCACUGCUUUGACUAUCUUCGACAGUCCUUCAUGUGUCUCGGCGACGUGAACAUCGGACCGGUGGGAUGGAACGAAACCACCAAGACGUAUAUCGCAGAAGGCGACGGUGUGCGAGAAUGUAGGAACUUUGACAAAAUCCAUAAGUGGGCAAAAAGGCACGAUGUGCCACAUGCUCCGGGAAAUCUUAACCUCCCUCCCGAACACACCGAUGGACAUGGGAUGCAUGGGUAG